AUGCGUGGCAAGCUGGCGGCCUGGACCCUGAAGGCGCGCGCACUGACGCAGCAGGUGUACAUGGACGACAUCGAGGCGGACGAGGACGGCAUCGCCGACACCGUCAUGGAUGACAACGCCAUCGCGCAGGUGGCGCGGCCGGGCACCUCUCUCAAGACGCCCGGCACGCAGCGAGGCGGCACCAGCCAGGCUUUCAGGCCGACCAGCCAGUCGGGUCGCCCCAUCUCGGGCAUGGUGCGGCCGGGCACGCAGUCGGCGCCGCCGGGCACCAUGGAGCAGGCGCUGCGUACGGCGCGUACCUCACGCACCGCCCGGCCCAUCUCGGCCAGCUCCGGCCGCACCGUCCGCAUCGGCACGGCUUCCAUGCUGUCCUCUCCCGACGGGCCGUUUAUCAACCUGGCUCGUCUCAACCUGGCCAAGUACGCCAAGGAGCCCACCGUGGCCAAGCCGCUCUUCGAGUACAUCCUGUACCACGAGAACGACAUCCGACACGCGUGUGACCUGGCGUCACAGGCCACCCAGGCGGCCGAGUACAAGGACUGGUGGUGGAAGGUGGCCCUAGGCAAGUGCUACUACCGGCUCGGCAUGUUCCGCGAGGCCGAGAAACAGUUCAAGUCGGCGCUCAAGCAGCAGCCGAUGGUGGCGUCGCUGCUGCACCUGUGCCGGGUCUACACGCGGCUGGACCAGCCCAUCGCCGCGCUCAACGUGUUCCGCCAGGGCCUGGACUCGUUCCCGGGCGAGGUGUCGCUGCUCACCGGCAUCGCCAGGAUAUACGAGGGCCUGAACGACAUCACGCGGGCGGCCAAGUACUACCGGGACGUGCUGCAGCACGACGCCACCAGUGUCGAGUCGAUCGCCUGCAUCGGACUCAACCACUUCUACGGUGACCAGCCGGAGGUGGCGCUCCGAUUCUACCGACGGCUGCUCCAGAUGGGGAUCUAUAAUGCGGAGAUCUUCAACAACCUUGGCCUGUGCUGCUUCUACGCGCAGCAGUACGACAUGACGCUCACCUGCUUCCAGCGGGCGCUCAGUCUGGCCGAUGACCAGACGGCCGGCGACGUCUGGUACAACGUGGGACACGUGGCUCUGGGUAUCGCCGACAUCAACCUGGCCUACCAGUGCUUCCGACUGGCGCUGGUGUCCAACCACGACCAUGCCGAGGCGUACAACAACCUGGGUGUGCUGGAGCAGCAGCAGGGCCGACCAGAGAAGGCGCGCGCCUUCUUCCAGGCGGCCGCCGCCCUGGCGCCGCACAUGUUCGAGCCGCUCUACAACCACGCCGCCCUCUCGGAGAAGAUGGGGGAUUUACAGUCCAGCUACAUCAUCAUCAAGAAGGCUCUGGAGGCGUUCCCGGAGCACGUGGACUCGACGCGGCUGUUCGAGAAGCUGCAGGAGUCCUUCUCCUCCGUCUAGAGUGGCACAGGGAAGCUGUGACAACCUCGCCCCCUUCUCAUCCGUCCAGCCUCAGGAGGCGCAAGCCGGAAUGAAAUGAGGAAGAAGGAGAAUAAGGAGCAAAGCGGCCCGACCGCGGAAGUCUGCGCCCUUUCUCUGGAGUUUGCUGUCCCGAGGCGGACGCGCGGUGCGGCCUGCCCGGAGCCGACGCCAGCGGCAGAGCCGUUAAGGCCGGCGCCGGCUCUGCAGUGCCGCCGUCUCGGACGGCGCUGACGUGGCUGGGUGCCGCCCGUCGUCACCCGGCCGGGACUCGUCCCCAGCUGGCUGCGGGAUUGGUGGCGCGCUCCACAGAAGUAGACCUGUGGUUAUUUGGAUGUGGCGUGUCGCUGGCGGGCUGGAGGUGCGUGACGCUGCUGUGGAUGACCUGGGAUGCUGGUGCGAGGUCACCACGCUGGGGAUGGCAUA